AUGUCGAACCUAAAGCCACCAUCAACCUUCCAAGGAAUUGGGACUAGCACCAAGGGAGCUAAUGCUACACCACGACAAAAAUUUCGUAAAGGAGAUCGUUCGCGCCGAAUGUGGACACCACGGGAAGAGGAGAUUUUGGCUAGCUGUUUGGCUGAACUUGGUACUCCACAUGUAACUUCCAAGAUUUCUGCUUGGAAAAAUCAUUACAACAGUCUCCGCAAUAUCCUUGCAAGAACCGGGGUUGGUUUCAACGAUGAUGGCACUUAUAGGAUCGAUUGCGAUGACGAACAAUGGGUGCAGAUAGUCAUGGCUGAUAAGAAUGCACGGCACAUGCGGACCAAAUCGUGGCCGCUAUGGGAAACAUGGCAGCUGAUUUUUGGGAAGGAUCGAGCUAGCGGAGGUGGGUCUGAAGAAGUUGAUAAAGCUGCUGCAGAAUUGCGCCCACAACGAGCCCCUGUGAGCGAGACCAAUGAGAACAACUUCCCACCCUCUGCUGAUGAUGUUCCCGAAUCUGAGGCCCAUGGAGACUCCGCCCACACUGACCUCCUUGACGAUGGCUCUGGCAAUGAAGAUAGAGUGGCAUCCACGACCAAGGGCCCUAGAAAGAAGCGCAAAGUUUUGACUAGCGACGAGGCGAUGAUGGAGUUUAUGUCUAAGCUGCAUUCAGACACAAACUCCCGUCUCGAUUUGGUGGCUUCAAAAAUCGGAUACGAGUUUGAUUUGGGUAAGGCACGACAAGAGGUAUUCGACAAACUUGGGACUGUUGAAGGGCUGUCUCUUGAGGAAAGGUAUGACCUAUGCAACAUACUAGGUGAUAAAUCGCAGCCGUACUUAGAGGUCUUCAUUGGCAUGUUUGCUCAUGCUCGAUUGGGGUACUUAAAGAGGCUGUUGAGCCAGCAUCACGACAUCAAUUGA